AGGCAUUCGCUGACAGUUAGAGACCAGUAAACGUCACCGCGGCUCGUCCUGGCGGUGAAUGUCGGUCCCCAUGCGGAACCGAGUGGUCACUUUUAGAAAUAAUUAACAAGCAAACUUCCGUGUGUGUGAGAGAGAGACUAAGCUGCUGCUGCUUCCGUGUACUGUGAAGGUUUUCUCCUGGAGGAAGGUCCACCGAGCUCAAGCUGGCGUUUCUGGCUACGAUGCGUGCGAUUCCCGACGAAUUAACGACGCUGAUUUCAGAUGUGGAACAGUUCAUCUGUGAUGGAUUAAAAGCAGAAACUUUAAGCAAGAAGGCAAAAGAUAGGAGGGAAACCCUUAUCAAACGAAUCAAAGACGUCAAACUAAGUUUUCCUCAAGAUUUUAAGGACAAAGCAGGUGGAGAUGACUCAGAUGAGGAUGAGGAAGUUGACAGCAACAAUGAUGGAGCCUCUAUGCAGUCGGAGCGCACAGAGAAGGAUGAAGAAGCGUAUGAUGGUGCCCAGCAGGCCCCGCCUGUGGCAGCCCAGGAUUUGACAUCUGUCUUUAAAGCAGGAUAUCUUGAGAAACGCAGGAAGGAUUACAGCUUCUUUGGCACCGAAUGGCAGAAGAGAUGGUGUGCUCUGAGCCAUCACACCUUCUACUAUUAUGGCAGCGAGAAAGACAAGCAACAGAAAGGCGAGUUCAGCAUCGAUGGAUACAAUGUCAAAAUCAACCACACCUUACGAAAAGACUCAAAGAAGGACUGCUGCUUUGAAAUUUCAGCUCCUGACAAGCGAGUCUAUCAGUUUUGUGCGUCAUCAACGAAGGAGGCAGACGAAUGGGUGAAAGAAAUAGACUUUGUGUUGAAAGAUAUGACAGGAAUCAUCCCAGAAGAUGAUGAUGAUGAGGACCUGCCUAUGUAUGAUGAUGUGGGGACUGUGGCUACUGUUGCACCGGGUGAAGACAUCUACGAAGAGCUGCCAGAAGAGGAGAUGCCUUCUCCAGCUAAACCUCUUCCAAAAGUUGAACCAUCAACCAAACCUCAUCUUCCUUCUCCUGCUGCUGCUUCUGCUGUUGACAAAAGCACAGACUAUGUAAACUACUACCAAGGCUUAUGGGAUUGCGCAGGGGACCACCCAGACGAGCUGUCCUUCAAACGUGGAGAGGCCAUCUACAUCCUGAGCAAGGAGUACAACAGCUUUGGCUGGUGGGUCGGAGAGAAGAACGGAGCGAUCGGCAUCGUUCCCAGAGACUACCUGAUGGAGCUGUAUGCUAUGUAAACGCGCUCAGUGUUAAGCUGCUGAGACUUAAUGCAAGUUCUGCUAAAUCUACUUGGUCUGCUGUUUCAAAUGAUAGGAAACAAAGAAUAGGCUCUGAAAUAAAUCUGGUGUUCCUUUAUUAGCGAGGCUGAUAAUUAUGAAAAUGUGAUUUGACUAAAACAGUGUUUUCUAGCAUUUUUCUACACUUUGAAUUUAUUUUUUGUUGAAGUUAUUUGUUAUCCCAUGCUAGUUGUCCCACAUGACAUUUGAUAUUUUUUUUAUAUGAAAGCUUUUUUUAAACCACAAGGUGGCAUCAUAGUCCCUUACAUGGUUAUAAAUGACCUCUGUGACAGGAGAAAUAUCUUUACCUGAGUUAACAGACCAUAUUAGCAUUAACCAUUGUCCCACCCAACCAGUGUAACAAUGCUAAGGCAUAUAUACAAUUUCUUGGUUAAAUGGCUAAAAUUUGGUUAUCAUAAUAGGACUUUUUCCUAUGUUCAGCGCUUCUGUCCCAUGCCUCAAAGGGAUCUUUUAUUUAAAGCACCUGGGAGACUGUGCCGGGCAGAGGAUCACAGAGGUGGCAGAUGGGAGGUUGUGCCACCUGCCUGACUGUAACGGUUGAGCUGUACUAAUAGGACAGACCGCCACACAGAAAGCAGGGAUGCUUAUCGCCCUCCGAGGGGCUGUUUGACAGCAGGCAAGGUAGCGUUAGCCGAGCCACGUCCCUCUGAGGUUACAUACAUAUACUGUAUGUGUGUGUUUGUCAUAGCAAAAAUAGGCCUGACUUUUAAUGAACUCAGACGACGUGGCCCUGUCAGGGGCUUUCUGAAGGUUGGGUGGAGAGAGGAGUGGGAAAUGGAAAGAGAAAUGCAUUCAUCAACCAAUAACUCACUGUAUCUAUUUUUCGUUUUUCCUGCUGCUGUCUCUCUGCUUUGUUCCUGUUGAGUGAUGAGCCAUAGUCCUCUGUCCUCUGGGUGACAUUCAAAGCCAACAUAAAUCCUGGUUUUUAUGGUAGAGUGCAGCAAUAAAGCUUCCCUUCUAAUUGGAGAUGUAAUGAAUUACUAUAAUUACUUAUUGAAUAUAGAGUGAUGGACAUGGAGAGGAAUGGCUUUGUUUUUGGGUAAUGCAGAAAAACUGAAAAACUAACGAGUUAUGACAUUAGAAACUGUUUUUGGGUUUAAUUAUAUAAAAAUAAUUUGUGCAUUUUAAGCACAGAACACAAAAGUAUUCAUACCGCUUGACUAUUUUACAUUCCAGCCAUGGACUUUGAUAAAUUUUAUUGGGGAUUUUAUGGGAAACACCAACACAAAAUGGCACAUUAUUGUAAUAAAAUUGUGGUUUGCAUUUGUGUUUAGCUCCCCUGUGUCAAUACUUUGUAGAACCACUUUUCCCUGCUAUAACUGCAAGCCUUUUGGGGUAUCCACUAGCUUUGGGCAUCUAGAGACUCAAAUAUUUGCAAUUCUUUGCAGAAAAGCUCAAGCUAAAUCAGACUAGAUGGAGAACAACUGUGAAAAGCAUUUUUAAGUCUUGCAGCAUAUUCUCAAUGGUCUAGAACUUAACUGGGCCAUUCUUGCAUAUGAUUAUGCUUUGAUUUAAACCAUCCUGCUGUAGCUCUAUCUGUAUGUUUUUGAUAUUUGUCCUGUCCUGUUCAGUGUGAAAAGCAGUUUGUUUUCCUUCACACAUAAUUAUUUCAGAUAGGCCAGAAAGUUCAAUGUUGUUCUCAUCUGACCAGAGGAUCAUCUCCCACCUGUUUGCUGUGUCCUCUCUAUGGCUGGACGCAAACUUUAAACAGAACUUUUUAUGGCUUUUAUUCAACAAUGGUGUCGUUUUGCCGCACCUUCAAAAAGAUCAGAUUUGUGCACUUUGUAAACAACAUGUCGUGGUCCUGGCUCAGCUGUGGAUCUCUGCAGGCUUCUUUGGGAUCACCAUGAGCAUUUUAGCAGUUUACUUUAAUAAUGCUCUAAUUGUUUUAGCCUGUACGUUUAAGUGGCUAGUCAUGUCUUGAUGGGUUUGCAGCUGUGUUUUUGCCUUUCUCUUUUCAGAUAAUGAAUUCAACAGUGCUCUGUGACAUGCUGAAAGAUUGGAAUACAAACUUACCUUGCUCUAACCUUAAAACGUUGUCCCUGACCUGUCUGCUUUGUUCCUUGGUCUUCAUUAUGCAAUUUGUCCACCAAUCUUCUCUAACAUACCACAGAGGCCUAUAUGGAACAGCUGGAUUUACACUGAGACUAAAAUAUAAAUUAAACAGAUAAACUGCAUUUACUAA